AUGGCCAGUGAGCACUAUUCGAAUGGUAGCAACUCGUCCUCUUCACCAAGAAGUAAUGAAGAGUUUCGUCUAGUUUCUCCAACAGACAGUUCCAGUGCGUGGACUAUUGAAGGACGAAAUGAACAAGUUUCUCCGAAUCUUGUUGGUAACAAGAUUAAAAAACCUCGUCGUUUGAGAAAGCAAAUUAACAAUGAUCACUUUAAACAAUUUUACUUUGAGUUGAAAGUAAACGAAUCGAAUAGGAAAAAAGAAGGUAAUUGUCAAGGAAUGAAUAGUCAACAUGUAGAUUCUACUGCAGCUUCUGAUAAAAGUGGUUCUUCUUCAUCUGUUUCGUCUGGUAAAUUGAAACGAAAGGAAUCUUAUGAAAUUCUACAAUUCGAAACUGCGCAGGAGAAGGAUGAAGAAACUUUAUAUCAAGAAAGAAUCAAGAAUGAAAUUAAAGCAAAUUCUCAUCACUUUUGUCUUCCCUCUAAUAAGAAAAAGAAGACAAAUGCCAAACAUCAACAAGACAUCAAUCAAUCUGUAAAUAAUCAAGAAGAAGAAAUACUUCAACCAUGUAAUAAUAUUCCUGUAAUCUAUCAACCACCAAUCAAUCCAAUUGUAUUCAAUGAGCCUAAUGUUAAUCCUGUCCAAUUUACUGAACCUGUCACUAAUCAAAUAAGCAUUGAUAAUGCUGAACUAUUGAGUUUAAUUCUACAGCUACUCACCAAUAAUAAUAAUAAAUGA